CUCUCCCAGCGUACCCUGCGCUGCCGCCGCUCUGCGUCCCCUGGCCCGGCCGCUCUGCCCGCGGUCGCCAUGGGCUCCCUGCUCAGCCGGCGCAUCGCGGGCGUGGAGGACAUCGACAUCCAGGCCAACUCGGCCUACCGAUACCCGCCCAAGUCCGGAAACUACUUUGCAAGUCACUUCUUUAUGGGAGGCGAGAAGUUUGACACCCCUCAUCCUGAGGGCUACCUUUUUGGCGAGAACAUGGAUCUAAACUUCCUCGGGAACAGACCUGUUCAGUUUCCCUAUGUCACUCCAGCUCCACAUGAACCCGUGAAGACGCUGAGAAGUUUGGUGAAUAUCCGCAAAGACUCUCUCCGACUUGUGAGGUAUAAAGAUGAUGUUGACAGUCCUACUGAGGAGAAUGGGAAGCAGAAAGUCCUGUACAGCCUGGAGUUCACAUUUGACGCAGAUGCUCGUGUUGCCAUCACAAUCUACUGCCAGGCUACAGAGGAGUUUGUUGGUGGCAUGGCAGUAUACAGCACAAAGAAUCCCUCUCUGCAGUCGGAGACAGUUCAUUACAAGAGAGGGGUAAGCCAGCAAUUCUCCUUGCCUUCCUUCAAGAUAGAUUUCUCAGACUGGAAGGAUGAUGAGCUGAACUUUGACUUGGAUCGUGGUGUGUUUCCUGUGGUUAUCCGAGCAGUGGUGGAUGAAGGAGAUGUGGUGGUUGAGGUGACAGGUCAUGCCCAUGUUCUUCUGGCUGCAUUUGAAAAGCAUGUUGAUGGCAGCUUUUCCGUGAAGCCGUUGAAACAGAAGCAAAUUGUUGAUCGGGUGAGCUAUCUGCUUCAGGAGAUCUAUGGCAUCGAGAACAAAAACAACCAAGAGACCAAGCCUUCAGAUGACGAGAACAGUGACAACAGCAAUGAGUGUGUGGUUUGCCUGUCUGACCUCCGGGACACCCUCAUUCUGCCCUGCAGACACCUCUGUCUGUGCAAUUCCUGUGCUGACACCCUGCGAUACCAGGCCAACAACUGCCCCAUCUGCAGGCUCCCUUUCCGUGCCCUGCUGCAGAUCCGGGCUGUGAGGAAGAAGCCAGGGGCUCUGUCACCAGUGUCAUUCAGCCCUGUCCUGGCACAGAACGUUGACCAUGACGAGCACUCUUGUCCCUUUAAACCCCUUAAAGUGAGCCCUGUCUCCCUGCCCAGCAGGAAGCCUAGAAGGGAAACCAGCUCUGACAACAUCCCUCCAGGCUACGAGCCCAUCUCCCUGCUGGAAGCGCUGAACGGCCUUCGCUCCGUUUCCCCCACCAUCCCAUCAGCCCCUCUGUAUGAAGAAAUCAACUACUCCGGCGUGGUGGAUGGGAUGCCCCCUGCGAGCCGGCCUCUUGUGGGCAUGGACAGAGCUGUGGAGAGCAGCCACCAAAAGGGCAAGAGGAGCAAGUCUCCAGAUAGCACACUACGGUCUCCCUCAUCCCCCAUCCAUGAGGAGGACGAAGAGAAGCUCUCGGAGGACUCUGACUCACCGCCAGCACUGAGCGGGGCUGAGCUGGCCCUGAGGGAGAGCAGCUCUCCAGAAAGCGUGGCAGCGGAAGAGAUCGAGGAGGCCUUGUCCCUGCAGCAGGGCAGCCGCCCGCCCUCGCUGGAGGACGUGCUGCAGGAUGGGAGCUGCGGCGAGCACAGGAGCCUCACGCAGUCGGAGAAUGACCCUCCUGUUGACGUCUACCUGCCAGCACUGGGUCCUGAUUCCUGCUCUAUUGGUAUAGAGGAGUAAGCUGGCUCAUCUGACUUCACCAAGGCGCUCCCUGGCCGCAGCACCGGCAGCCCCACGCAGCCCCUUCUCUUUGAGCAGACAUGUCUUCACAUGGAGGACGAGCAGAACCUCUCGUGAGCGGGGCCCGACCUCCCUGUCCUGGCCGAUGGACCCCCCCCGGGCCCCAUGCACAGCCUCUCCCCCCUCACCAGUGGGGCUGGCCUGUCCUCACCGCCCCAGGGACCCACCGUUGCGGUUGUUCUGUAACAGACAUGCAUGUAUCCCACUGGCAGCGGUGACGGACGGGGCGGUGGGUAGGGCUGGCGGCGUGGUUUUACAUGGGAAUUCGGGGGGGGGAGGGAAAGGGAAGGUUUGGGGUUAAAAGCAGCAGGCGGAGGACACAACCAUUGUAUAUUUUGUACACAAGGAGCACAGCCCUUUGCUGUCACUGCCCCUGUACAUAGCUGUAGCCCUCCCUCCUGUCCCAUUGGCCCCCUUGGGCUCUGCGCCUUCUUCCUCCCAGCUCUGCGUGCUGGGAGACCCUUGCCGGGGUGCAGGGCUCCGCUGAGGGGUAGCGUGAGGACGG